AUGGCCGACAGCCGUGACAAUAGAAUUGUACUUAAGACAACGGCUAUCGGGUAUCCGACUCUGUGGGAGGCACGCAUCGAAUCUCGUACACCCGAUAGGUUUCAACACCUUUUUUUUCUGUUUCUUUUUUCUUCUUUUUGCAAUAAAUUAAUUCUGAUUCCUUCUUUUUUCUUUCUUUCCCUAUAUCUUCUCUCUCUCUCCCUCUCUUUCUCUCUCUCUCUCUCUCUCUCUCUCUCUCUAUCUAUCUAUCUAUCUCUCUAUCUAUCUCUCACUUUCUCUCUCUCUUUCUUUCUCUCUAUCUAUCUCUCCCGUUCUCAAUCUCUCUCUCUCUCUAUUUAUCUAUCUAUCUAUCUCUCUAUCUAUCUAUCUAUCUCUCACUUUCUCUCUCUGUUUCUCUAUCUAUCUAUCUAUCUCUCACUUUCUCUCCCUCUCUCUCUCUAUCUAUCUAUCUAUCUAUCUAUCAUUUUCUCUCUAUCUAUCUCUUACUUUCUCUCUCUCUCUCUCUCUAUCUAUCUAUCUCUCACUUUCUCUCACUCUCUCUAUGUAUCUAUCUCUCACUUUCUCUCUCUCUCUCUACUAUCUAUCUCUCACUUUCUCUCUCUCACUUUCUCUCUCUCUCUUUCUCUCUCUCUCUAUCUAUAUAUCUAUCUAUCUAUCUAUCUACUUUCUCUCUCUCACUCUCUCUCUCUUUCUUGGGUUUUCCAUUUCUUUUUCCUUCCUGUUUUUUUCUUCCUCGUUUUUUACUCACUAUUCAAAUUCAUUUUCUGUCAUUUUCUUUCUUUCUGUUUUUUUUCCUACUUCGCCAUUCUUCUCUCUCUCUCUCUUUCUCUCUCUCUUUCUCUUUCAUUCUUAGUUUAUCUGCUUCUUUCUAAUUCCUGCUUGACAUCCUAUUUGUUUUUAAUGUCGUUCGUAUUGAUCUUUCUUCUUUCGCGUCAACUUAUUUCAUCCUUUCUUUUACUUCUCUCAUUUGUUUUAUUCCUUCCUUCUUUCUUUCCUUUCCUCUUUUUCCCCCCUCUUCUUCCUUUUCUCUUCUUUCUUUCCUUCCCUCUUCUUACUUUCUUUCUUUUCCUGUUUUCCUUUCUUUCCUUCCCUCUUCUUUCUUUCUUUCUUUCUUUCUUUCUUUCUUUCUUUCUUUCUUCUUUCUUUCAUUUCUUCCCUUCUCAUUUCAACUCAGCCCGUGUCCCUUCUUGGUCGGAGAUUUGUAUUGGCUUUUCUUUCCUCUUUAAAUGA